CGUGGGUGGAGCGGGAGGGGCCGGAGUACUGGGACCGGGAGACACGGAACUGCAAGGCGGACACACAGACUUUCCGAGGGAGCCUGCGGAACCUGCGCGGCUACUACAACCAGAGCGAGGCCGAGUCUCACACCCUCCAGAGGAUGCUUGGCUGCGACGUGGGGCCGGACGGGCGCCUCCUCCGCGGGUAUGAACAGAACGCCUACGACGGCGCCGACUACCUCGCCCUGAACGAGGACCGGCGCUCCUGGACCGCGGCGGACACGGCGGCUCAGAUCACCCAGCGCAAGUGGGAGGAGGCCCGUUGGGCGGAGGAAAUGAAGGCCUACCUGGAGGGCCGGUGUGUGGAGUGGCUGCUCAGAUACCUGGAGAACGGGAAGGAGACGCUGCAGCGCGCGGAUCCCCCAAAGACACACGUCACCCACCACCCACACCCUGACGGGGACGUCACCCUGCGGUGCUGGGCCCUGGGCUUCUACCCUGCGGAGAUCUCAUUGACCUGGCAGCAGGAUGGGGAGGACCAAACGCAGGACAUGGAGCUUGUGGAGACCAGGCCUUCAGGGGAUGGAACCUUCCAGAAGUGGGCGGCUGUGGUGGUGCCUUCUGGAGAAGAGCAGAGAUACACGUGCCAUGUGCAGCACGAGGGGCUGCCAGAGCCCCGCACCCUGAGAUGGGAACCAUCUUCCCAGACCACCAUCCUCAUCAUGGGAAUCGUUGCUGGCCUGUUUCUGGUUAUUGGAGCUGUGGUCACUGGAGCUGUGAUGUGGAGGAAGAGGAGCUCAGGUGGAAAAGGAGGGAGCUACUCUCAGGCUGCAAGUGGUGACAGUGACCAGGGCUUUGAUGUGUCUCUCACAGCUUGUAAAGCGUGACACAGCUGCCUUUUGUGGGACUGAGUGAAAGAAGAUUUGCUCACGCCUCCCCUUCUUGACUUCAAGGGCCUCUGACUUCUCUUUCUGCAAAGGACAUUUGAAUGGGUCUGCAUUCCUGUUCGGAUAAUGUGAGGAUGUGGGGAGAAGACCAGCCCACCCCUGUGUCCACACUGACUCCCUUCCCCACCCUGACCUGUUGCCUUCCCUGAUCAUCUUUCCUGUUCCAGGGAGGUGGGGUGGGGAUGUCUCCAUUCCUGUCUCUACUUCAUGGUGUGCUGAGCUCUAUCUUCUUAAUUCCCUAAUGAAAAUAGGAAUCUGAAUCUAAAUUUAUUUCAAAUUCUUGCCAUGAGAGAUUGAUUAACUAAUUAAAGGAGAUUUCUAAAAUUGGAGAGAGGAAAUAAAUGGCAGACCUGAGAACCUUCCAGAAUCCACAUGUUUGUGGAACUGAGUCUGCUGCAGGUGGGGAAGGGAAAGGCUGUGAGGAGCUGAGUGUGGACAGGGCCUGUGUCCAGUUGAUGCUUAGUUUAUUAUGCUUUUUGAUGUGGUCACUCCUCAUCUGGGUCAUCUUCACUGCUCCAUUGUCCUUGUCCCUUCAGUAGAACCUUGUUGCAGCAGGAUUUGUGUCCCCAGAGACUCAGACAUCACCCAGGAUGGCCUCUGUACAAAUGCGUCUCUGUGGUAUCAAGAGAAGAAUUUUCAGACCCAUCCAGUUCUUGCCAUCCUUCUAGGGCUCUUGCUGCAGCAUUAUGUUUUUCUCAUCUUUUCUUCAACCUUUUUAUUUUAUUUUGUAUUUCUUUUUAAUUUUCAUGGAUCCA